AUGUCGGGCACCACCAGCACCACCACCACCAAGAAGACUGCUCCAUAUGGAGACUGGGAGUCACCAAUUUCAGUCGACUCCAUUGUCUCUAAAAAUAGAAGACUCUCCUCACCUAGAGCCAAUCCCAAAUCUGGUAGAGCUUUCUACACAGAAAGCCGUGAAGACGGAAGCACAACCAUUGUUGAGAUCCUGAAAGACACUAUCAAAGAUAUUCUUCCAUCCGAAUACAGUGCCAAGAACAGCGUGUAUGAGUAUGGCGGUUCAACAUACGCCGUUCUCCCAGACGAUCGUAUCAUCUUCUCCAACAAGGGCGAUACGGUUCAUAUACUGAACCCAGACAGCAAGGAAGUUUCAGAACUGACUGGUCACCCAAACCUGAGAUACUCAAACUUCGAAGCAAACUUGACGUCGCCAUGGGUUCUGGCCAACCAGGAAGACCAUGAACAUGACACUCCUGAUGGAGUUCGCAACUAUAUCGUGGCAAUCAACACUGAAACAACCGAGGUGAAGCGGAUCCUUGACACUGCUGACUUCUACUACGAACCAUCUUUCAGUCCGGAUGGUUCAAAGCUUGCGUGGCUGGAGUGGAAUCAUCCUGAACUGCCUUUUGACUCUGCGAGGCUGUAUACUGCGACAUGGAACGACGGCUCUAUAUCAGACAUUAGCCUUAUUGCAGGAAAGGAUCGUGAGGGAGUUGCAGAGCCUAGAUGGGGCCCAGAUGGAUCUCUAUUCUUAAAUAAAGAGGUCGGAGAGUAUCGUCGCCUGUACCGUAUUCUUCCCGGUAGUGAUGAGCAUGUCGAGAUCAAAGUCGAUGGCAUCGCCAAUGCGGAGUUUGGAGAACUUCGAUGGUUUCAGGGAAGUCAUACCUAUGUGCCCCUGUCUGAUCGACAUCUUGUCGCUUCUCCCUACAUUCUGGGAACAUCUAGGGUGAUUCUAAUCGAUCUAGAGUCUGGGGAUUGGAAAGAUAUCGGCGAUUCUCAGAGGCUUACAGAAGUCCAGCUGGACGCAGUUGCACGCCUGAGCAAUACUUCAGUUCUCAUUGUUGGGUCCGGAGAGACUAAUGCUAAAGCGCUCUACCGAAUUGACACCGAAGGCUCAGGUCAGAUCACCCAAGUCCGGAGCUCUACAGAUGAUGGGCUUCCCAGCGAAUUCUGCUCCAAGCCUAUCUUGAAGAAAAUCCACUCAAAGGGCCAACCCGAAAGAGAAUUGUAUGGGUUCUUGUGGCUCCCGCACAACCCGGACUUCCAGGCACCAGAAGGGGAUCUACCUCCUCUGAUCAUGACAAGUCACGGAGGGCCAACGUCCUAUACUGGCCCUGGCCUUGCCCCAAGAACACAAUAUUUCACCUCGAGAGGAUUUGCAGUCCUUGCUUUCAACUACAAAGGAUCAAGCGCUCAUGGGCGUAAAUAUCGGGAAGCUCUGUGGGGGAACUGGGGCUUAGUGGACUCAGACGACGCAGCGGAAUUCGCAGAUAAUUUGACAUCCGAAGGAGUGGUCAAGUCUGGUGGAGUAGGAAUCACUGGUGUAAGCGCAGGAGGUUACAACACCCUUAGAAGCUUGACCCGUCACCCGAGCACCUUCGCUGGCGGUGUAUGUCUCUCGGGUGUAAGCGACAUCAAACGCCUGGAUGACUCAACCCACAAGUUGGAAUCAGACUACACAGAUCACCUAGUGUUACAGAAAGGGGUUGACAAGAGUGAAAAGGACAGAAUCUGCCGUGAGAGAAGUCCCUUGUUCGAAGCCCAAAAGAUCACAGCCCCACUGCUGCUCUUGCACGGAGGCAGCGAUAAGAUCACGCCUUUGGACCAGGCAAAAGAGAUGGCCAAUGCUAUUGAGAAGGCAGGGGGUGAGGUUGAGCUUAUCGUGGUACCUGAAGAGGGUCAUGGAUUUGGACAGCCGAAGAACGUGAGGCUGUGGCUUGAGGAGGAAGAGAAGUGGUGGAGAAAGACGUUGCUUUAG